AACAGAGAGCAAGUGCCUGUGCAAGCCCUCUGGGGAAUGAGAGAAAGUGACGGGAGAAGGAAGGGACACUAGACAAUCCAUCAAGGGAGAUAAGUUGAGCUAAUUUACAGCUUGAGAUACAGAAAAGGGGAGAAAUCAAGCAUUUUAUUUUUGCUUUUCAGUUGUUUCAUGCCUGCUUUUCCCCAUUACCCUUUCCCUUGUUAGUCCUAAACCUCUUUACUUGCAAUCUUAACUUGGGCCUCUUCAAGCAUGCCCACAAACGGAAUUAACAGGGCCCUGAAGCUACAGUUUGGCCUCAUCAACUAUGAGAACCGCUACCUGACAGCCGAGGCCUUCGGCUUCAAGGUGAACGCCUCAGGCGUCAGCAUGAAGAAGAAACAGAUCUGGACCUUAGAGCAGGACGAGCAAGAUGGCCAAGUAGUGUUCCUUCGCAGCCACUUGGGACGUUAUCUGGCCUCUGACAAAGAUGGGAAGAUCACAUGUGGGGCGGAGAAGCCUGACCCUGACUGCCGUUUCCUCAUUGUGCCUCAAUCUGAUGGUCGUUGGGCACUGCAGUCAGAGCUUUACCUGCGUUACUUUGGAGGAUCCGCUGACUACCUAUCCUGCUUUGCCCAAGCCAUUGGGGAACAAGAGCUGUGGGCCGUCCAUUUGGCUUUACAUCCGCAGGCCAGCCUGCUCAGUGUGGCACGUAAGCGCUAUGCCCAUCUGUCUUCCUCAGAUGGAGAGAUCUCAGUAGACAGCAACAUUCCCUGGGGUGUGGACUCCCUGGUCACCUUGGUAUACCUCGAUGGCAAGUACAGCCUGAAGACCUGUGACAGCCGUUUCCUCAGCAAUGAUGGCAAACUGGUAAAGGAGAACGCCAAUACGACUAGCUUCACACUGGAGCUGAAAUCUGGAAAGCUGGCUUUUAAGGACUGUGAUGGGAAAUAUCUGACCCCAGUGGGUCCAACAGGGACACUGCGAUCUGGCCGAUGUUCCAAGCCUGGAAAAGAUGAGCUGUUUGAUCUUGAGGAGAGUCAUCCACAAGUAGUUUUUCAAGCCGCCAAUAAAAGAUUUGUCUCGGUCAAACAAGGAGUGAGUAUUUCAGCCAAUCAGGAUGUGGAGACAGACAUGGAGACCUUCCAGAUGGAGAUUGAUAAGGAGAGCAAAAAGUCUAUGUUCAGGACCAAUGGCGGAUCCUACUGGACUUUAGUGACUCACGGAGAGAUCCAAUCCACUGCCACAGAAGUAGAGGUCAAUACAAUGUUUGACAUUGAGUGGCGAGGACACAGGGUGGCACUCAAAGCAAGUAAUGGAAAGUAUGUUUGUACAAAGAAGAAUGGGCAGCUCUCAGCAGUCAGCGAUACAGUGGGUGAUGAUGAAUUAUUCCUGAUGAAACUCAUCAACCGCCCUAUGUUGAUUCUUCGUGGAGAGAAUGGCUUUGUGUGUCACCACAAGAACUCCAACACUCUGAACGCAAAUCGAUCUGUCUAUGACAUUUUCUCAUUGAUCUUCAACGAUGGCGCCUACAAUGUAAAAAGUGUCAAUGGAAAGUUCUGGUACGUCUCUAGCAGUGGCCUAGUGUGCACAGAUGGAGAAAAGCCAGAGGACUUUUUCCUUGAGUUCCUGGAACAUGGACGCGUCGCCAUCAAGGGGUCUGAUGGCAAGUACCUUCGUGGAGACCAGGGAGGUACGCUUAUGGGUCAUGGUACAACCGUUGAUGUAUCUUCUCUUUGGGAGUAUUGAUCCCUUUCAAUCAAGUUCCUCAAAGAGGGAGCAAGAAGGCGGGGUGCAGGACCCACUUCUAACAAAUGAAGCAGACUGACCGGGUAAAAAAUUUCUGCCUGUUUUUAUACUAGCUGCCUGUUCCCAUGUUUUUCUUUUAGUUUUUUUUUUUCAAGAAGAGAACACUUUAGGAAGAUAUGUUUGGUUUUUAUUGUACAUAUUAAAUGUUUUGUCUUUCAAAUGACAAUGCCAACAUCAAACAACACAUACAUGUGUGAGCACAUAUAAUUUCACAAAUACAGAAUAAGACAGCGGCGGUCCCAAUUGUUUCAGCCACACUUUGUUCAAUAUAGGUAUGGUGACAAACAAAUAUCUUUGAGGGCAGCCACACUGAUAAGUCACUGAACAAAGAGAGUUGCUGUCCUAAGUUGUUGUGAUGCUGCCUAAAGGACUAAAUGAACAUUUAGUCCUUCUGCUGCUGAUUUUCACUGACUAAAUAGACUAUAUAUCUCCAAAAGCUGAAAAAACCUUUGAUGAUUUCUCUGUCUAUCAAAACUGAUACAAAUCUGGUAGAGAAGGACACCUCACUCCUGAACAUUCACAAAUUAACUAAAUAUUAAUGAAAAACAAACAAAUGAUGGAUCAGUGUGGCUGCAUUCUUGGGUUUACUAAAGAAACAAACAGGGAUACUCUAAAUACAAAAUUAACUCUAUUUGGUCUAGGUGACUAGACCUAUGUCAACUAUGUUUGUCAGGAUCUUACUUCUGUAACCUCUGUCAACAAUCCCACUGCAUUUGUUUACAGCUUUUAAAUGAUUUCAAUACUUUGACAUGUUCUAUAAGAACAGUGUGGUCAUUGACGUCACUCUAAGCAAUGAUAAUGCACCACUGUCUUCAAAGACAAUGGCUGGUGCCAAUGGUGUUUUCGUUUUUCUUAAUGGACCAUUAACAGCUUCCAGCACAAUAUGAAAUAAAUGAAGUGGACUGGAGCAAAUAGACUAUUAUCUCAGGCACCUCUGCAAUGCUGAGCAAUGUAUAUCCAAAGAGGACUUGCAAACACUGAAAUAAGUUUUGUGUAACACAUAGAAAUACAGAGAUCAGACAUGUUUAGGAAAAAAUUCUAUCAGUAGACAUUUUAUAUAUCCAUAUCAGGGACAAGCAAUACACCAAAGGGGGAGCACAUUUAAAGCAUUUGAUGGACUAUACAUCAUUUUUAAUGUACCAGGUAUGAACUCAGAAAGUGCUUCUCUGGUGUUCUGCCUCGGGGCCUUAAACCAUACUGAACUCUACAUCCCUUUAUACACGUUCUCAUGUUCAGAGUUGGGUGGUAUGAUUAGAAAAUUUAAAGGAUUUAGUUAUUACAUUAGGCCAUUACCACAGUGACAUCCCAUAAAACAUACAGAAGCAAAUGUGCUCGAAUACAAAUCCUAAAAUAAUGUCAGUUUUUUUCCAUCUGUUUUCCCAGAGUCAGAUGAGAAGAUGUAGUGAAUUUCAUUUGUGAAAUGAGUGCUCUGUGCAGCUCUUUGCCCAGUGGUUGUUGGUCAAACCCAGCUCCAAUGUGGCAGCAAACUUCAGCUCCUUCAGACAGCAUUGGAGAACAAACAUGUUUUACUUUUUACAAAGCAGGAAUAUAUGUCUUCCCUCUGGACAAAACGGCAAACAACUGUAUUUCACAAAAUGCUGGAGUGUUCCUUUAACUAACCUACCCAACACUGCUUUUGUCGAAUGUGAUCAGUAGCUUCUAGUUGACCCUUAUCCAGCACAACCCUUUUAAGGAGGAACUUUUUUGUAUUUUGAUCUCACAGGACUCACUGAAUUGAUUACUCCUGAAACCCAUUAAAGGGCACAAGCUGCCCAGACUUUAUUGGCACGGAUGUUGGUGUGCAGUACAACCUGAACCUGUAUACAAUUUAUCCUGCAGAUUUUUUGUCAGUUAUUUCCCAGGAAGAUAUAAGAUCUGAAAUAGUUCAAGUGUAAUGUCUAAAUCAAUGGUUUUGUGAUGUGUGCAAUUUGCAAUUUAUAGAGAAAUUUUAGAAAGCAAGGUCUAAAAUGCUUGGUCAUCUAUGCAUCCUGUAUCAGCUCUUUAGAGCCUCCAGCUAUAUUUUAGAAUGUAUUUAAUAUAUAUAGAUGUUUAUUGUGUCACUAUAUUUUCGUUUUCUGAUAUGAUUUUUGAAAAUGUUGAUGGCAAUAAAAACUUGACAAUA